UGAGAUCGAAGUGUGGAAGCGAAAUGUAUUUCAUGGGAAAAAAACUGGAACUGACCGUUGCCAUGGUCAAUAUCCUCUUGGCCGCAGAUCCUGCACAAUUGUUUCCGAAUGUACGUUCAGACCUGGCAAAGGGGGGAAAGGCUCUGAUAAUUUGCGUUUCUGGAGUUCUCCUUUUCGGAACAUUGAUGGCUCAAAAGCAACACAGAGCCAACAUUCGUCUUAUUUGGCUAAGUGCAUCCGUGAUUUUCAUCGCAACAUUAAUCUACGAAAUCAGAGAAAGUUACUGGAGGUAUUCACUGGAUUUUUAUAUACUGUAUGCGUAUAUCUUUCUGCUUGUGGUCAUGGGUGCUCUAAUAUACAGAGUCUACGUUGAGGAGAUCAACACAGCCACCUUAAAUCAAGCUAAGGUUGUGGAAACCGAUGAAAAAAAGGAAGUACCCCAAGCUACGGCUCCAGAGGACCCAAACCCACCUCCGUAUGAAGUCAAAGGUCUAACAGUUCAGAUGGUUUAAUCUUCAUUUGAUAACAUUUUACAACACUAUAUAUCGAUUUAAAAACAAGAAACGUAACAAAAAUAACCUUCCCGUACAUUUCUUACUUACCGGUAUCAUCUAAA